AUGGCUACAAAAACAGCCUCCUCACCGCUGGAAAACCUGGACCUGAGCGGAGAGGAGGUGCAGAGGCUCACCUCCGCCUUCCAGGACCCCGAGUUCCGGCGCCUGUUCUCCGAGUAUGCCCAGGAGCUCACUAACCCCGAGAACCGGCGGCGCUACGAGGCGGAGGUGACGGCGCUGGAGCGUGAGCGCGGGGUGGAGGUGCGCUUCGUGCACCCCGAACCGGGCCACGUGUUGCGCACCAGCCUGGACGGGACGCGGCGCUGCUUCGUGAACGUGUGCAGCAACGCGCUGGUGGAGCAGCCCAGCCGCCGGCCGGGCCGGGAGGGCGGCGUGGGCUCCGCGCCCGGCACUCACUGGUCGCUGCCCUACAGCCUGGCGCCGGGCCGCCAGUACGCCGGGCGCCGUGGCACCGGCUACACCGUCUACGACGUGGUCUUCCACCCGGAUGCGCUGGCCCUGGCCCGGCGCCACCAGCGCUUCCGCGAGAUGCUGGACGCCACGGCCCUGGAGGCGGUGGAGAAGCAAUUCCACGUCCAGCUGGACCGCAGGAACGCCAGGACCCUGAAGAUGAAAUACAAGGGGACCCCCGAGGCCGCCGUGCUGCGCAGGCCCCUGCCGGGCGGCGCCCCCACCCAGCCCGAGGAGGAGGAGCCGGCCGGCCCGCUCCCGCCCUUCCCCGGACCGGAGGAGAGCUGCGCCGCAGACCCAGGUCGGAGUUCCAGCCCCGUCGGGGCCGCCGACGCCGAGAUCAGCAGCACCCCACGCUCCCCGGAGGUGGCGCCUGCGUCCGCGGCCGCCGGGCCGGAGGAGCGGGACUCGGGCCGGUACUCGGUGUCGCCUCCCGGAGCGGGGAGCUCACCGGGGGACGGAGGCGGAGGCUCCCCUCCCGGUGCACCUCCGGAUCCCGACUGGGAGUCUCCCCUAGUGGGCGGGGACGCGCGCGGAGAUCACAUCACCGAGGCGCGCGAGGAAGCGGAGGGGCCGGGAGGCGAACCCUCAGACCCAGCCAUGGGCGGCCCGGGCACCCCAAGCGGCACCCCUCGGUGUCCGCCUGUGCAGUGUCAUCAAGAUGAAGAUUGCUUGACUCUGUUAGUCCGCGUGCCUCGGAUUCAGCCGCAGAGUCUGCGCGGGGAGCUGACUCCUCUCCACUAUAAACUGUGCUUCUCCACGCCAGACUCCGUUUAUUCCUUCCUUUUGCAAUUUGCUCUAGGCAAUAAGUUGAGUCCCGAAGAACCCGCGGUUAGCCUUUCUUCAGACAACGCGGUCAUAGUGUUGGCCAAGUCUCCAGACAGCCGUGGAUACUGGCGAGAGUGGUAUUGGGGUUUAAACGACGCUUCUUUGGAGGAAAGGUUGUUUGUCAGUGAAGAAAAUGUUGAUGAGUUUCUUGAAGAGGUCUUGAGCUCUCCAUCGAAACAGGCAACUUCCCGAACCCCACCUUUAAUUGAAGUACUUAAUGUUACUGAUGAAAAGAUUGAAAUUCAUGCAAAGUUGCUAGAAUGUAGUAAUCCUGAUCAGUUUCAAGAAAAGGAAAGAAGCCUCAGUGAAGGAGGUCAUCUAACUGAAAAAGACAACCUGGAACAUCUUACAACUGAUUCUGAUUCAUCUGUAGCACUUAAAGAACUAAAAAUAGAUACUUGUGAUUUAGUAACAGGCUUGGAACCAGGAUCUCUUAAUGAUUCUCAGAUACUAUUGGAAAAAUGUAAGCAACCCAAGGCAAACAUGGAACCUGAAUUUACAAAAGAAAAAAGUGCUACUUACUCAAAUGAGGAAAAAGACAAUUUAGAAGUGAUAACUAAAGAAAAAGAAUUCAGUGGAGAUCAGUUAUCUUCAUUGCUGAGCGGAACAGUAGUUCACAAGAUACCUGAUGUUGAUAGCAUCAAAGAAACCAACAUGCAGGAUGGCAGUGUGGAGAUUAUUAAAGAUCAUGUGACACACUGUGCUUUUAGCUUUCAGAAUUCUUUGCUAUAUGACUUGGAUUAAUACUAUUUAGGAAUAUAAAUGUUAAGAGUAAAUUUUUUUAACCUAAAAUAACUUCUUUGUGUUAACUAUGCAGACUAAAACAUGUAGUUAUAUCAUCUGUAUAUAUGGACAUGUGUUGGAAUUUCAUACUUUUGUUUACCAUUUAAUAAAAGUUUCAAAAUAUUCA